UCAGAAAUGGGUUCCGUUCUAGACAGAAGGAUAGUUUUCUCUCUUCUUUUCUUGAUCAUUGUGACCUUACUUUCGUAUAACGCUGAUUCCAAAUGUGAUUUCAAAGCAAUUUUCAAUUUCGGAGAUUCGAACUCUGACACAGGAGGAUUUUGGGCUGCUUUUCCUGCUCAAUCCGGACCAUGGGGAAUGACUUAUUUCAAGAAACCUGCUGGUCGUGCUUCAGACGGCCGUCUCAUAAUUGAUUUUUUGGCGGAAUCUCUUGGAAUGCCUUUCCUAAGCCCAUAUUUGCAGUCUAUUGGGUCGGAUUUCCGACACGGCGCAAACUUUGCAACGUUAGCAUCAACGGUUCUUUUGCCAAACACAUCCUUAUUUGUCUCCGGAAUCAGCCCAUUCUCACUCGCUAUUCAGCUUAAUCAGAUGAAACAUUUCAAGGUUAAAGUCGACGAGACCCAUUCUUCGGACCAGCAAGCGUUGAAGAUCUUGCCGUCUAGGGAUGUUUUCGGAAAAUCGUUAUACACAUUUUAUAUUGGUCAAAAUGAUUUCACAUCCAAUUUAGCAGCCAUUGGAGUGGAUGGCGUGAAACAGUAUCUUCCACAAGUUAUAAGCCAGAUUGCUGGAACGAUUAAGGAGAUAUAUGGAAUUGGUGGUCGGACAUUUUUGGUAUUGAAUUUAGCACCGGUUGGAUGUUAUCCGUCGAUUUUAACCGGUUACAUACAUACCGCCUCGGAUUUAGACAAAUUUGGUUGUCUAAUUUCCGUUAACAAAGCUGUUGAAUAUUACAACGCGUUAUUAAAAAAGACAUUAUCCAAAACCAGAACCGAAGUAAAAAACGCUACCGUAAUUUACUUAGAUACUCACAAGAUAUUGUUCGACCUCUUUCAAUACCCAAAUUCUUAUGGUAUGAAACAUGGUAUUAAAGCUUGUUGUGGUCACGGUGGACAUCCGUACAAUUUCGAUCAGAAGUUAUUUUGUGGCACCAGCAAAGUGAUCAGAAAUUCUACUGUGACGGCCAAAGCUUGUCAUGAUCCGCACAAUUAUGUGAGUUGGGAUGGAAUUCACAUGACGGAGGCUGCAAACCACCGCAUUUCCACGGCCAUCCUUGACGGUUCUUUAUCAGAUCCUCCGUUCACACUCAGUAACCUAUGUGCAUCUUAAUUACGAUAUGAGCUAUACUAGUUGUUAAAUGCUUAAAUGUGGAUUUUUAAAAUAUCCACCAACUAAGCAUAU